UAUUUGUUCUAAAUAAUAUAAAAACUUUUGCAAUUGUCUUGAAAAUCAAAAGUACAAUACCUAGUACAGCUUUUUAAUGUUGGAUCAAACGGAAACUUAUCAAUAUUUGUUCGUGAUGAGAAUGUGAAACGAAAUCUAGGACAAAUAAAGUUUCUAAUAUAGGUGUACCUACCUAUAUAAUGGUGUGCCACGACACAUAUAAUAGCACCAAUGAAUCGAUUCGCUAUAGGCCUGCAAUCUAUGUUCGUUAUAUUAUAUUCCUGUUGAGGAAUCAUUAUAAAUAGGUAUUAAAUUGAUGUCAGCCAUUGUAUAGGUACAUCCCGGUGUAAGUAUGUUUUUUCAUCACAGCGCGUCGUCAUCAACCACGUGGUAUAAUAAAAUAAUAAAUAAAAUAUGAUCAAUGCAUCAUUAUAAGCAACGUACCUUAGAUCGUAUACUAUGGCUAUUGCAUUAUAAACGCGUACUACGUACCUAUAUGAUCCAAACAAUGGACUAAUAAUAUAGGUAUACAUCGCAUGCACGCAAUCAUUUGUUUACAGGUUUCGUAGACGCCCAAUAAUAAAAAUAAUAAAAUGUCCGUUUUGGCCAGACGGUUGAGGAAUUUAAGGAUUACGGUUGAUCAUGCCAACAAGUCGACUGAAGUUUUUACGAGUGUAUCACAAGGAGAUGUAGAUUUUGUCAAAGAUUAUUCGGAACUACCGGGCCCAAAGUCGUUACCGUUAUUGGGCAAUAAUUGGAGGUUUAUGUCAUAUAUCGGUGACUACAAAGUAACCGAAAUAGACAAACUCUCAUUGAGAUUAUGGAAAGAGUACGGAGAUAUUGUAAAAAUCGAAAAAUUGCUCGGGAGACCGGAUAUGGUGUUUCUAUACGACGCGGACGAGAUUGAAAAAGUAUUUAGAAAUGAAGAACUUAUGCCGCAUCGACCGUCUAUGCCAUCAUUGAAUUAUUACAAACACGUUUUAAGGAAGGAUUUCUUUGGUGAUCUGGCUGGUGUUAUAGCAGUACAUGGUGAAAAAUGGUAUGAAUUUCGAACUAAAGUACAACAACCUAUGCUGCAACCGAGAACAGCAAAAUUUUACAUUGGGACUAUUGAAGAUACGGCAACAGCCUUUGUCAAUAGAAUAAAAAAGAUAAAAAAUAAAGACCAAGAAGUUCCUGACGACUUUUUAAAUGAAAUUCAUAAAUGGUCGCUUGAGUCUAUCGCCAAAGUGGCAUUAGAUCAAAAACUCGGGUGCCUCGAAGAUGAACACGCAGUAGACUCGGAUACGCAAAAUUUAAUAGAUGCCAUUAAUACGUUUUUUGCUAAUGUUCCCGAGUUGGAAUUAAAAAUACCAUUUUGGAAAUUAUUUAGUACUCCAACUUGGAGAAAAUACAUAAAUGCGUUGGAUACCAUUACCAAUGUUACAUCUAAACAUAUAAACCGAUCAAUGGAUCGACUAUUAUCUCAAAAAUCAUUUUGUCCAGAUAGCCAAUCAUCUUUGUUACAAAGAGUGCUUAGUUUGGAUCCAUCAAAUCCUAAAUUAGCUCAGAUACUAUCGUUAGAUAUGUUCAUCGUUGGCAUAGACACGACUUCUGCAGCUCUUGCGUCGAUUCUUUAUCAAUUAAGUCGACAUCCAGAUAAACAAAAGAAACUUAGGGAAGAAAUACGAACCGUAUUGCCAAAUGCUGAUUCAAAAUUGACUUCCAGCAAACUUGAACAGCUGCAGUAUCUAAAAGCAUGCAUAAAAGAAACGUUGAGAAUGUAUCCGGUGGUUAUUGGAAAUGGUCGCUGCAUGACCAAAGAAACAAUAAUAAGUGGAUAUAAAAUUCCAAAAGGAGUGCAAGUCGUGUUUCAACAUUACGCUAUUAGCAAUAGCAGUAAAUAUUUUUCACAGCCAGACCAGUUUUUACCGGAAAGAUGGUUAAAAGGAAGUGGAUACAAACAUCAUCCGUUUGCCAGUUUACCAUUUGGGUAUGGCAAAAGAAUGUGCUUGGGCCGUAGAUUUGCCGAUUUAGAACUUCAAACAGUUGUUUCAAAGAUUUUUCAGAAUUUUGAAGUCAAAUAUGAGUAUGGUGAUUUGGAAUACACUGUACACCCGAUAUACAUGCCGGAUGGCCCAUUGAAAUUCAAAAUGAUUGAAGACUAAAUAUUUUUUCUUUAAAAAUUGUAUGUCGAUGCCAAAUACUAAAAGUCUUAAACAAACAAUGUAACAUACAAAGAGGUAAUAGGUACCUAAAAAAUAUUGAAUAGGUACUUUAAUACUAUAGGUACUGCUAUUAUUUAUUAAAAUAAUAUGCCAAAAUGUAAAUAAUAUAAAUAUGUAGGUAUAUUUAUGUUAGAUUUAAAUAUGUAAUAUACUAGCUAAGAAUUAUUGAUAUUUAAUAAUAAAUAUUUUAAUAAUAUUAUUUAUAA